GCCCACCGCUGCUCUCUGCUGCCUGCCGCCUGCCUGCCUGCCUGGCUGCUGGGCGGACUGGGGCAGAUCCGAGCCGACCAGUUCCGUGUUCUCUCCUCACCCAGUGCACGGACCGGAGCUGAACGGGAGGACCUGGCAGUGUCAUGGUGGACAUUCCUGCCCAGCCGCGGCAUCCAUAACUCCGGGGGCAGGGGGGGAAGUGUGGACGGAGGUAACUUAAGUUUGUGGUUAAAAGGUCAUCAGACAAUCCAAUGUCUCCGUGCGCCACCUGACAAAUGAAGACGUCGACAGCAGCAGGACCAUUAUGGUAAAUGGACAGACUGGGACGAAGCAGACUGCACAGAAGUCUCUGGCCUCACUGUCGUCAACUGACCUUUAACCCCCUAUGGAUUAAAAAUGGCACUUUGUCUGAGACAUGGAGGGAAGCGAGACAUCUUAGUCUCCAGGAAUUCUGGGAAUUUAACAAACGUGUUUGUUUGAAAUAGGAUUCCACAGACUGGACAAGUUCAGAGUCUUUUUUUAUCUAAAUGGGACUAACAUGGGUCAGUGAAGAUGGAGUAAAACCUCAGUGGGCGAUGUUUGUAAAGAAAAUCUAAUUACAAAACAGACUUUUAGUCAAGGAUGGAGCAGGAUUUUACACAGGUGGAUCUCUUUCCUCUCUUAUAAAUUGUGCAUAGUGAACACUUGUAUGCACUAGCCUGGAUUAACUUUAGCCAGUGUCGGUGAACAUCCCUUUACACUCAGUUUAACUUGAAAACUUUAACCUCUAGCAGGCAACAACAGCUUGUUAGUGCAAUCUUUUCCAUUCCUCAGUGUUGUGAAUGGACGCCUGAGUCCUCUAAAGCUAGAGGGUGACUUUUCCCUUCAGCCCUGAACGGUAACUCUGACUCCUGGUCCUGUAGUGUCAGUAAAAACACUCCAAACAUGGCUUCUACAGGAAGGAAGCACUUGGUGAGAGACUUCAACCAUUUCAUCACCUGUUACCUGUGUCGAGGUUACCUGAUUAAACCGACCACGGUCACCGAGUGCCUGCACACCUUCUGUAAGAGCUGUAUUGUGCAGCACUUUGAGGAGAGCAAUGACUGUCCAAAAUGUGGCAUUCAGGUCCAUGAGACCAACCCGCUGGAGAUGCUCAGGUUGGACAACACUCUGGAGGAGAUCAUCUUCAAGCUGGUGCCUGGACUCAGAGAAAAAGAGGAACAGCAAGAAGUCGAAUUCUGGAAGAAGAAUCAACCCAGAGAAAAUGGCCAAGCAGAAAACGUGAGGUGUCAGAGGCUCGGGCUGCCUGCUGAUGUCGGAGGCGAUUAUGGUGGUGGUGGUGGUGGUGAUGAUGAUGGUGACGAUGGUGGUGAUGAAGAUUACCACAGGAGUGACCCUCAGAUAGCCAUCUGUCUGGACUGCCUACGCAACACGGGACAGUCGGGGGAGAACACUGUCACGGAUUUGAUGAAGAGGUUUAUCCGCUGCUCCAGUAGAGUCACGGUGGGAACAAUUAAGAAGUUUCUCAGUCUUAAACUAAAGCUGCCUAGCUCUUACGAGCUGGAUGUGCUGUGUAACGGAGAGAUCAUGGGCAGAGAUCACACUCUGGAGUUCAUCUACAUGACCCGAUGGAGGCUACAUGGAGAGAACACGUACCCCAUGGUUCUUGAGUACCGGCCACGUAUCGACUUUGGCUGAACUACAGCUGCAAGAAGAGGACCACACACACAUACUAUAUGCAGACAUACAUAACAAGUAUAGAAACAUUAGGAACACCUACACUUGCAGGUGGACAAACACAUAAACACACACAUGCCAACAAUGUGCAGAGAAAGAGAGAGAUUUAAAUGUAUUUUUGUACAGCCGAUGAUGAAGUGCAUACGUUGUCAUGGUAAAGAGGUUUUAUGCUACAUAGAAUAAUAUAUGCUAUAAUAUAUGAUAUUUUUAAAUGUAUAUGUCCCUGUGCCUAAAAACCUGUUGAGAUCAGAAAUGAAGUACGACCAUAUCUUCACUUUGCCUGUCUAACUCUGUAGAUUAAAUGUUGAUUUUCUACUGUU